AUGUCGACACUUCUUAGCCAAUCUUUUCUUGGUAAAAGGCUGCAAUCUGUGCCUCCUGCGGCUGCUAUCUACCACCAUGACCCUCUCUUACAUAUCGAACGUCAGACAAAACACAUACAGCGCAAUCUCCAGGUCCUGAUUGAUGCUCAAAGCGAUGGCCUUCUCUCUGUUCUCACUGGGCCUCAACGAGAUCAGCUUCCAGCCGAAACUUUGACUCCAGCAUUGUCAUCCAAUGGGAGUCGAUCCCAGUCCCCUUCCACGGUGCCUACUAGACAACCUGUGCCCAAAAGAAUUGGGCUUCGGGCUGCCCGAGAGGGCAUAUUUCAAUCAAUAUAUGAUCUACUGAAGUUACGAGAAGAAGAAUCGGAGAUCCUCACAUCUCAAACCGACGAAAGGGACAGCACGCUGCAUGAUAUCAAAGGAUUCUUGUCGAGAAGAAAAGGUCUAGAAGACGCCAUAAACACUAUACAUGGAGACGAGGAGAGCCGACGCUCAAAACAACUAGAAGAAGAGGCUCUGAACCUCGAGACUGACAUUCAUGAAUUGGAGACCAAGCUGUAUGAGAUGAAAGCUAAACAUCGACAUAUUGUGAGUGAGAUAUCACAGAUCAAUAACUCGGUGGACGCCAAGCUUUCUUCUUACACUGAAUCUUUGUCUUUACUCGACUCUGAUAUCCGAAACUACCUCCAUGAUCCUCCUGUUCAACCGCUGUUGCAAAGCUCGGGCGAAUCCACCUUUCACUAUUUGAACCCCAAACGUCGCACACUUGACAUGGCCCAGGAUCAUUGGAAUACUGAAAAAGCCAGCUUGCGCAAUAGGCAACAGCAAGUGAAUGCGGAAAUACUGGCUCUAGAAGAAGGAGGCGGAGUGUGGAAACAAACGGUCUCCGAUGUCACUGGAUUUGAGAAGCGCUUACAAGCCAACAUGCGACACUAUGUUGAGAUGACCACACCAACAACACAGUCAGAGAGAUCUUCACUAGCAGGUCAAAAAGAAGAACUUGUGAAGGGUAUUCUGGAUGACUUGGAAAGAACCACUCACCGGGUUGAAUCACAUCUAGAGCUCGCCGAAAAUAAGGACUGGAAGUUAUUGGUUUGCUGCAUUGCAGCCGAGCUAGAGGCCCUGCGAGUAGCAAGGGGCUUACUUUGUCGCGCCUUCGGCCUCCCGAUGCAUGAAGAGGAUGCACCUUCUAAAGAUCAUGCUCUGUUGGAUCAUGGCUUGGAUGAGGAUCAUGAGGAGUCGCGCGCGGCUCCGCUGGAAAAUGACGACCCAGAACCUCCUGCCGAUUUGCUCAAGGAUGCAGAUAUCCUUCACUCGGAUGCCAGGUCAGAAGAUGAUGAUGAACCAGAUCCGUCCUGGCUGGCCUGA